GUCCGAGAUGUCAGAAUUCAGCUAUCUCUCUACUCCACGUAUUACCCCCUAUAACUAUAGAACAAUCAUUGAAGUCUUCAAAGACACAGCUACGUCAUAUCCGGAUAAAGAAAUUCUUAUUCACCGAGGAAUUGACGGAACAAGAGAAAGUUUGACUUACCGCCAACUUCAAACCAAGGCAACAAAAUUAGCUCGCUAUCUCGUCAGUAAAGGGGUCUCCAAGGGGGAUAAAGUUGCUCUUUUAGGACCGAACACUCUGGAAUGGGUGAUCGCGGAGUUGGCAAUAAUCAUGGCUGGUGGUGUCGUUGUUCAUGUGACUCUGAGUAUCUCCGACGUUAAGGACUUAUGGGAAAUAUUUUCAAUUACCGAAUGCAAGGCUUUUCUGAUAGAUCCAGGAAAAGGAGAGAAAUAUCUAGAGAUGAUUUCCCAGCUUAUUUCAAUUCUUCGUCGAAGUAACUCUUCAAGAGAUGACAAAAAUGUAAAUUCAAAGGAUCCGACUUUGGUGUUUCUCAGACGAAAUGAACUCUUGAUUUCCUAUGAAAAUCUCCCAGGCGUAUUGAAAAUGAAGGAGGCCGCUGUUGAAUUUCCACCACUCAACCCCGAAGAUGAAAUUAUUAUUUUUAACACGUCCAGAAGCACAGGAAAACCAAAAUUGGUUCCUCACACGCACUCUAUUCUCAACAACGUUGAACGUGAAGCGGGAAGACCAAAAGAUAUGUUACAGUCUGGGAAAAUGUAUAACGAUCGACCGUUUGCCUGGGGAGCUGGAUCUCCGAUCAUAGCAGUGUGUAAAGGAGAAACUAUAGUAUUCUGCGACUCCUCGAUCGCCAUCGCUGAUGACGGACGCAAUGCUAUGAAGAUAUGGGAGGUAAUCAAAGAAGAAAAAUGCACAUCGGCUCUUCUGAUACCUUAUUUUCUUCUCGAUUUAGUCGCUCAAAAAGAUUACUACCAAGAUUCUUUCAAACUUGAGGUGAUUAUGACUGUAGGUCAACCAAUUGAAGAUAGUCACACGCAGGUAAUUGGAGUAUUUACCAAGGCCCUUUUGGUCGGAUAUGGAUUAACGGAGACUUUACUGAUAACCACACUUCCGCCCAUAGUUACAUCCGGCAAACUCGAUUCCAGGGAUGUGGGAAAACCGAUUCCAAGCACAGAGGUUAAGGUCGUCGAUGAAGAUGGAAAUGUUUUGAAAAAAGGUGAUACCGGGGAACUUUGCAUACGAAGUUCAAGUCUUUUCAACGGAUAUUACAAGAACAAGGAGUUAAAUGAUGAAGUUUUUUUGCCCGGGAAAUGGUUCCGUGCCGGUGACACUGGCCAUAUAAAUGAUCAGAAUCAUAUUGUACUAGAGGGACGAAUCAAGGAUGUUAUUUCUAGAGGCACAAGGAAGACCAUGCCAUACAGAAUUGAGAAAGUAAUUAUGCAAAUGAAUGGUAUAAGGCAUGUGGCUGUAAUUGGGGUGCCCGAUAAGCGUUUGUACGAAGAAAUUUGUGUUUGUUACGUCACAGAGCCAGGUCAUGAUAUUUCGCCAGCUGAUGUUGAACAGUUCUGCAAGGAAAACUUUACUGGGUUUGAAUCAUUAGAUGGUCUUGGAGAAAUGCCAACGUAUUUUCUUCGAUUCUUCAAUUUUUCAAUGUCUGAUAACGGGAAAAUUAAGAAAAAAGUUUUGAGAACUGAUGCUAUUCUACGACUGAGAAAACAAUGCCUGAUGUAAGACAUUGUUCAAAAUGAACGACUAAUGAAAAUAUGUAUAUUUAAAAUUAAAUCGGAACUAUUCUUCUAAUAUGCGGCAUCCCUUUUCAAGAUAUAGUUGCAUGAAUGAUAUAUGAAAACAGUGUCGUAUAUACUGUUAGAUUUCUCUCUAUAUUCCAAAAUAAAGAGGUCAUACAUUUUGAACUCAUGGAAAUUCCAAUUUCCAAUAGGACUGAAACAAUUCUCAUAAAUUGUAACUGAGAAAAAGAACAAACUAGAGAAGAGAACGCCACAUUACACGUUGGUUUCCUAUUUAUGCAGUUAUGAAAUAUGCUAUUGUAUAUAACAUUACAAUCAAUUUUUAUUCUUUUAACAUAAAAUAAUCUUGUUGCUUUCCGAACAAGGAAAACAAAAAAUGGUUGAAGGAUAUUUGUUCAUUAAUGGCAGAUUAUUUCGUAACUAAAGUGAUUGUUGUAGACAUUUAUGAAUCGUAAGCUUUCAAUGUAUCCCGGUAAUUCUUUUCUAACUUGACAGUUUAGUGUGCAUAUGAUAAAAAUACUAGAUAUUGAACGUAGCCUGAUUUCAUCUUGGCUAAAUUAAAAGUUUUCUUUCACUAAAAAAGAAUGUCUAAGACAACACUUUCACCCCUCUUUUGCAUUAUAUACCUAAUUGUAGUCAUAUCUGGUAUGUAAUUUCAACACAAUCUCCUCUUUGAAAAAAAAUAGUUUGACUUUCUUUCUAAGAUGAAAUGAUAAAGUUUAUGUGAAACUUUCAUAAUUUCUACAAGGAAUACAAAAUAAAGAGUUGGGCAAACGCGGAUCCCUGAACACACCAGAGCUGGGAUCAGGUACCUAGGAGGAUGACUGAUACUGUUCAACUGUUUGAAUAAUUUUUCAAAGCAAAAUAAGGCUGUGUUCAAAACGAUUCGAGCCAAACAUUUGAUUAUUGUGGUUAAAGAUUCUCUAAAGUAUGUAGUUUGGUCGGUGAUAUGUUUAAAUUGUUGUUGUUCUGUUGUUGUUUGUUGUUGGUUUUUUUCGGGGUUUUUUUUUGUUGUUGUUGUUUUGUUUUGGUUUUUGGGGUUUUUUUUAUUUUUUUGUUUUUUUAUUUUAUUUUUUAGGUUUAAUUUUAGUUUGGUACCUAAAUGCAUUCUUUAAAUGGACUUUUAAAAAUCCUAAAUACAUUCAUAUUGUAUAUGAUUUUUUUUACUUUAAUUUACGCUCAAAAUGCAAAAAAUAAAAAAGACAGAGGAAAUUCAGACUGUUUUGUUUCCAAAUUGAAUGUUUUCAUACUAACUGAAAUAUUUUCACAAAUCAAUCACAUCAUUUAAGAGUAUAAUAUCUAAACGUUGUGUUUGAUUCUUUUUAAUUUUUUUCUCUCUCUAAAACACAUUUAAAAAGAAUCAAACACAACGUUUAGAUAUUAUACUCUUAAAUGAUGUGAUUGAUUUUGAUGUCAUCUUGCUUUGUUUCAGUUUGUAGCAAUUUUCAAUGACCUCAGUUGACCUUCAGUUCAUCACAUCCCGGUUAUCCAAUAUUGAAUUUUCGGUUCAGCGAGAGACUGCAAUUAGAACUCUAAAACGUAUGAAGGACAUGCAUAUUUUUUGGAGAAAAGGGUGGUUCAUAUAAGUCUUCUGAUUCAUGUUUUUUUUUAUUGAAAUAUCUGCAGUGGUAUUGAAUAUACAAGUGCUAUUUAAACGUAUGUGAUAUAAAAUACUGUGCAUAUUCAUUUCUUUCAUUGAAAUAUUUGCAUUAAUAUUGAAUAUACAAGUUUAAACAUAUAAUAUGUGAAACACUGUGAAAUAAUGUUAAGUUCUUUGAAUAAGACUGAUUACGAAUGUCA